AUGUCGAUCUCGAGGCGACGAGAGGCGAGGAGCAGCGAUAUCCGACCGCUCGCCUCAACGCUGGACGUGGGAAGCUCUCGACCACCCAUCGGUGCUCCCGGAAUCCGACCGACGUACAAGGAUUUGCAUCCAAACGAAACGGAAGCUGAAAUUGUACCGUGUGACUUGAACGGAAGGAAUGCUCAGAACCGAUUGGGAGAGCGGGAACGAACUGUUCCGUCUGCUUACAACGACCAGAAUGCUUACACGAGACUCAUCAAACGCAACAUCAAAGCCGCAACUCUUCAAAAUCAUUCGAAACCGAUUGCUGUGGCCGACUUCGAUUUACCCGAGCGUGGACUGAUUGUUUUCGGUCUUGAAGACGGUAACGAAGAAGAUCAAGACAAUGAGAAUGCUGCUCACCUCGUCUCCCACGAUCGAACGACAAAAACCUGUUUCACAACAAAUAAGAAUGGUUCGGUGACGACCUAA